CAGCUGUGAAUGGAAGAGGGUGUUUUUCGAAGACGCGAGUGCGGAACAACCGCUUUGACUCGCACGGUGCCAACGGGUUAAAAGAUCAAGCGCCACAUUGCUCGGCGUUGGCCGCCGCGUGGUGGUGUCUGGUGUGACGUAGCGACGUGCCAGACACGCAUGACGUCUCUGCGCGGUGGAAACGCCGUGGCCCGUCCGUCCGUCGUGCCGCGUCCGCCGCGCAGUGAACACACGUCUCCGGUGUCAAGAUGGUCACGGUGAAGGGACGCAAGAGCUCGAGCAAGAACCCGCCGAUAUUCAGCCAUGAGUUCGUCAUACAGAACCACGCGGACAUCAUCUCCUGCGUGGCUAUGGUCUUCGUGAUCGGCUUGAUGGUGCAGGUCGGUCACUUCGCCAUGGGCCUAUAUGUUCAUUGCUAUUCACUACAAUGUAACCAACACUACGGAGGAUCCAACAGCAGUGAUAAAAUAUACUACAGGAUGGAAGGAUGCAUGUGCAGUUUUCUUUUACUUCUUGAUCACUAUUAUAAUGCAUGCUGUGCUACAGGAAUACAUAUUUGAUAAAAUUUCCAAGCGGCUUCAUCUCAGCAAAGUGAAACUUUCUAAAUUUAAUGAGUCCAGCCAAUUGAUAGUGUUUUAUUUAUCAUCUGUAAUAUGGGCCAUUGAUAUUAUAAUUAGGGAGAACAUACUUCUGAAUAUAUGGACAUUAUGGGAAGAUUAUCCGGCGCCAAUGACUGCCUCCCUAAAACUAUUUUUUAUUGGUCAACUUGCUUAUUGGUUACAUUGUUACCCCGAGCUUUAUUUUCAACGAGUUAAGAAAGAAGAUAUUUUGCAACGCGUCCUUCAUGCAACCAUUGGUUUAAUCUACACAUUAGCAGCUUAUUUAUUCAACUUCCAACAAUUCGCUGUAAUCCUGUUAACUCUCCAUUAUCUGGGAGAUGCCUUGCUACAUUCAGCCAGAUUGGUUCAUUUCAUUAGUCAAAAAGAAAAGAGAACAAAAUUAUCAUUCCUGGUUGCCAAUUCGGUUUAUGCAUUCGCGCGUGUCGCGACCCUCGCAUUCACGUUUGUAGUGUUCCUAUAUGGUUUGAGGAAUCAGGAGUACAAGUUCGACUAUGCUACCGGCAACUUUAAUAUUCCUACUGUGCAGUUCUUGGCUGUAACUAUUAUCUCGCUCUUCCAAGGCUACCUCCUAUAUUUCUUCAUCGCGAAGCAGAUUAAGCGCGCGCGCGAGAACGCCACACCCGUUGUCGUAAAGACAAAACCGAAACAGAAGUUGAGAAAGCGAGAUGCAGGCAAGAAAUCCGCCCUAUCAGAAGAUGAUGAUCUUCCGGAGGUAGACCAAGCGACAAAGAAAAAUCUAAGAAAUCGUCCCUCAGCUAAAGCAAAAUAGACACUCAAUAAAUUGAAGAAAUCACCUUCUCAAGGCUGAUUGAAUUUUCAAUUUUAUUUGCCUGCAUAUUACGAACACGUUGGAAUGUUCGGCUAAGGUGUACAAAAGCGUUUUUUCUUAAUAUAAAAACCAAGCUUCCAUACUAUAACAUUAUAGACUCGAGGUACAGAACAUCGAAGUGUUUGGCUCAAUGCUCAAUGCAAUGAUUUUGUAUUCGAUAAAUGAAUAGAGAUGAAAGACACGGAUUUUAAAAAAGAGAUAGGCGCGCGAUAUUUGCUAUCCUAUUUUUAAUCACAGAUAAGUUUUCUUAUUUUUCACCGUUUUCUCGCUUUCAUAUAAAUUGUACAGAUGCCUGCACAAAUGUGGCAUUCGUACAGGAUGACAGAAUGUUAAUGUGCACUUUGAUACGUUGUCCUUUUAUGCGCGUUGCGUAUAUUUUUCUAAAUACGCAAACGCGUGUUAUUUAUAAUGAUCGAGAUAAGAAAAAUUUAUACGAUUUUUAUCCCUGUUUGCUGUUAUCUAAAAUCGUUUAUGUAAUUUCUCUGCGCACCGCUUUCUUUCACUGAACUUUUAGAACUAAACAAUUAAGAAGGCUCAUCCAAGUUUCUCAUUCUCUAAUCUCACUUCUAAUCUCUUGCUGAUUGAGAUGGAGAAAGAAAUUGAGGAAACUUGCCAGUCAGACAUAAAUAAACUUGGAUCGGUUUUGCUUGUUACUUUGUGGAUUAUCCUUGGAAUAGAAUAUUCACAGGAUAGAGACAAACUUAUAUAUAUUAUUUUAGUAUUAAGUUACAAGGGAAAGAAAAAUACAUAGAUAUAAUGCACGAAAUAAUACUCUGGACAUUAAUGUGUUGCGAAACUCAUACCAUGCAGAAAUAUACAUAUCCUUUUACAAUAUUGUUACACUUAAGUAUAAGUUUUAUGAUUUUUUAAUACAUAUAUAUAUCAAGAAAAAAAAAACGGUUUCAUUAUUACACUGUGUCGUGAAUGAUUAUAUUUGAUUAAAAUUACUAUUCCAAG